CGACGCACAAUUUUCCAUUGAGGAAAUGUUCUCACUUGUAUCAUUGUGUGAUACGGGAUCGCGGUUCCGUGGAAAAGAAGUCCUUUCUGAAUUUAUAGACAGAGCAAAGAUUUCUAAAGUUUGGGUGCUUGUCAAUCAUGUAUUUUUGACUGUGAAAGAAGACAAAUGUCUAUACACGUUUUAUCUUGUACCUCAAACAAAAUGGUAUCGCCCCGUAACUACGAGCGUAGACGAUUGUAUUUUGGAGAGAAAUGCCGAUUCAGUUGUUGAUAUAGUAUGCCUGAAAAAUCAGCCUUCAUUACUGCUCAUUGUAUAUAAGAAUGGAGUUACAGGUUUCUGGGAAUUUCUUCAACCAUCCUUGACGUGGUUCAAACAUAAAACCAUCCAACUUAGCAAUGCAAAGAAUUCUGAAGUAAUGACUGUAAAAUGGCAUGAAGCAACGACCAUUCUGUUUUGGUGUGAAAAAAGAGGGCAUGCUGUUGAUUCAUAUUGUGUGUGUUGUCGAAAUAUCUACAUGAAGUACAAUGAAGGCAAACUCACAAUUGAGACUGGUGCAACCCAAGCAAUAUUACACAAUUGUGUUUCAGUUAAUAUCUUUGCCUUUGAUGGUGGUGUUUGCAUUCAGCCAUGUAUGGUUUACUUGGAAAACAUUCUUAUAUUUUGGUGUGAUGAAUGUGAAAAUAUCCAGGCUGCAACGAUCAAGGAGGGCAAAGUUCAAGAAUCUGUUUUAAAUUUGUCAGAUUUUCGUGAUAUUUCCGCAGCUUUGGUAGGGGCUUGGAUUGAAGAUUACGACGAAGGAACAACAAGCGACAUUGCCUUGACUGUUCAUCCAACAUCAAAAGAAUUGCUUAUGUUGAGCAAGUCCGAUUGUGUAUUUCGUCUUUCUUACUGUGCCACUUUAAUAAAGCUAGAAUGUAUGAGUCGUCUAAGAUAUUUACCAGUGUGUAUCAAGGAAAAUUCUAAACACAUCAGCGUGUUUGCAAAUGGUUUACUAUUUGGAUUGAUCGACAGGCAAUCUUGUUUACAUAUCUACGAUGUUACAAGCGGUAAACUUUUACAAACCAUGCGCGAGUUCGAUGGUGUUGCUCAUGAACGCACUGUCUUGUCUUGUAGUGCGGAUGAUGGCUUGAACACGUUUUGGUCUUCACGCGGUAUUUGGUUGUUAACCUGUUUGUCUUUUAAAGAUAUAAUUGAACAAGCAAAACGUUCAGAAAAUAACCUGAUAUUACGGUAUGAGGAUGAAAAGCAGUUGAAUACGAGAGCCGUUGAUUCACGAAGGACAGCAGAACAUUUUCCGAGCAAAAGGCAAGAUUUAACCAAAAAAAGACACAGUUUUCUUGAACGAAAGAACGAUCUUGAAGGAAAGAACGAUGCCAAUACUGCGGUCGCGUUUGUUAACGGAACUACCGAUGCUAACAUUGAUUUAAUUGACGUCGUUAACUGGCUAUCUUUCUACGGUCUCAAAUCCUCGUCACUUUCCCUUCUUUUUCAAUAUGUUAUGCAAUCGAGACAAAUUGAUUCAAAAGUCCCUAAAAUUGUAUUAGAGCUGUUACAGUCGUUGGCUAAAGAUGUUUUAGGGAGCUCGUCGUUAAUGUGGAGUUUUUUUGAAGAGGAUUUAGAGCUUAGAGAUAAAUGUAGGAAUGAGAUGAGGGAAUUUCUGGACGAGGUUGAUCAAAAUCAUCUUCAACAACACUAGAGACGAUUUACACUCCGACUUCGAACGUUUUGACAUUUUUAAAAACAUUGCAAGAGCGUUGGUUAGAACAGACAAUAGUUUCUAUGGGUGAUCUAAGAUCGUUGGGGAAGGUCUACAAUAAAAACAUUGCAGAGAUAUUUAAUUCGUCAGUUAAAACGUUCUUUCAGAAACCGAUGAUUCGAUGGCGCUACAGGAAAUUGAACUACUAAAUCUUCAACAUCCCGAGCUCUUAGUUAAAGUGUUUUAUGAAGUGAGCGAAGAUAAUCUGGGUUUGGAGGACGGACCGUUGUUCUCAGACAAUAUUACUGAUCUAUUAAGGACGGAGCUGAGAGACCGAAAGUGGAAGCGUCGACAAAACGAAGAAAAUGCGAUAUUAUUAGGAAUCUUUUUCCAACUUCUUCAUCGUUAUCAACCUUUGCGGUUGUAUGAUGUACUCGACCUGUCAAGACAAUAUAUCAACGAAGGAGCUAAUAAGGAUCAGACUACGCAACAGGAAAUGAAGGAAUGCGUUCGUGACUUCUUCGCGGAUUUUCUACCCAAUAUUUGGAGCGAAGAUUGUGGCAAAAAUCAAAUCGUGAUACAAGCGGACAUUUUUCGUCAACUUGGCGCAACGCAAGAUGCCCUUGAGAUGUUGCUUCAAAAGCAACUCUGGCAAGAGGCGCUUGAGUUUUAUGACGGCAUACUCCGAUCCUCUACGACCAGUCACGAGAUCUCUUUAUUUUACCACACGCUUCUCGCGGGUGUGCUGCGUGGCUCGGGAAUGCGUCAACGCAAAUUACUACAUGAAGUUUUUGCAAGAAAGCCGCCAUCAAUGGAAGUUGCAGUUUUUCUUGAGAGUUGCUUGAGAAAUACAUCGGACUCUGAAAUGCAAAACGUGUUCGUUGAAAACUGUUUUAGUGUUGGUGAUGCAAAGAAAACGCUUUCAACGUUUCUUUUAAAAGCGUGAAACACGUUCGCAAACAUUUACAUGUUGAUAUGAAAAAUGCGUACAUUGAAAUAAAUAUGAAAUAAUUGUUAAAAAGAAUAAAAUGAUUGAUGUAACACUAUA